AAAAUUGUCUUCAUUCAGCCCUAAGCUACAAUAUGGUGGCUUGCAUGUGGCUUGUGAAAUCGUAAGCAAACUUUGUAGCGACAGUUUGUUGAUUUAUCAGACUCUUAUUUGUAUUAAUUAAUAUUCAUUAUCAACAUGGGUAAGAGGAAAGGUCAAGCAGCAAAUAUGGGCAAAAGUAUCAUCCGCGACAGAUUUCGCGGUAAAAGCAGCCGCUCACGAACAGACGGAUAUGUAACUGAUCUUCACUCACAAGACCUGAAUGAUGGCUAUGACUGGGGGCGCCUCAAUCUACGUUCAGUUACAGAGCAAAGCAAUCUUGAAGACUUUUUGUCCACUGCCGAGCUUGCUGGAACUGAAUUUAUUGCUGAGAAGAUGAACAUUCAGAUUUUGCCUUCACAAAACCGCAGUGGAGUAUUAGACGAUGAUGAACUCAACAAGAUUAUACAGGCACAAAACGAACAUCGGUCUCUUUUGCGUAUCCCACGACGGCCAACAUGGGAUAAGAACACCACACCUGAAAUGCUGGACUCACUGGAGAAGAACACAUUUCUCCAGUGGCGGCGUCAGUUAGCAAGCUUGGAAGAAAAAGAACACAUUGUCCUCACUCCCUUUGAGAAGAAUUUAGAGUUUUGGCGUCAGCUUUGGAGAGUAAUAGAGAGAAGUGAUGUGAUUGUGCAGAUAGUUGACGCUCGCAAUCCAUUGCUGUUCUGGUGUCCAGACUUGGAUACUUAUGUAAAAGAAGUCUGCCCAGAGAAAACAAAUGUGCUUCUCAUGAACAAAGCAGACUAUCUUACACAACAGCAGAGAAAAUUGUGGGCAGACUACUUUAAGGAGAAAGGCAUGACAGUAGUUUUUUGGUCAGCUUUAGAAGAAACACAGCGAAUAGAAAAAGAAAUUUCAGAGAAGCGUGGUCUGGCAGAACAAAAGCCUAUUUUUGACAGUUUUUCAGAUGUGCAAGACACUGGCAUCAACCAGAAGACAGAAGAUACAGAGAAGGAUAAAGAGGAAGAGACUGAAAGCGAGGUGAAAGAUACCAAAAGGAAAGUGGAAAAUAGUGAAAGUGAAGGAAAUGAUAGUGAAGGGGAAGCAAAUGAUAUUGAAGGUGAAGCAAAUGAUAGUGAAAGGGAAGCAAAUGAUAUUGAAGGUGAAACAAACGAUAGUGAAGAGGAAGCAAGCAGUCAUGAAGACUCUUUCAUAGGAGAUGAACAUGAAGAACCAAGGUUACCAACAGAGUCAGCAUUGUCAUCUGUACAGCAGUCCUUCACCAGUUCUGAUCCUAUAGAGGAUGACAUAGUCAAUGGAGAACAGCUGUUACAAAUACUGCGGAAAUUGGCCUUGGCCUCACAUUCACCUGAACAUACAACUAUUGGCAUGGUGGGGUACCCUAAUGUUGGUAAGAGUUCCACAAUUAAUGCCAUUCUUCGCCAUAAAAAAGUUCCUGUCUCUGCUACACCAGGCCGAACAAAACACUUUCAGACACUGUUUGUGGACCAUGAUCUGAUGCUCUGUGACUGCCCUGGUCUUGUGUUUCCUUCAUUUAUUUCUACAACUGCAGAGCUGGUUGUGAAUGGCAUAUUACCUAUUGACCAGCUGCGAGACUGUGUGCCACCCAUUAAUCUCGUGUGUGAACGUAUUCCAAAAACUGUCUUGGAGGCUGUCUAUGGUAUAAAUCUGCCUGUGCCUGGAGAAGCAGAGGAUCCCAACCGACCUCCAACUGCUGGAGAGCUACUGUCUUCCUAUGGAUACAUGAGGGGUUUCAUGACACAAAAAGGAAAUCCUGAUGGUCCCAGAUCUGCCCGUUAUAUUCUGAAAGACUAUGUUAAUGGGAAACUGUUAUACUGCCAUCCACCCCCUGGAGCCGAUGCAAAGCUGUUCCAAGCACCCCCACCAGUCAAGGCAUUAAGAUUUCUGGAGUCUGCUAACAGCAGUCAAGAGCAGUCUUCUGUGGUUAAAGUCUCAGAAACCUGGUCAGAUAACAAGCAGGUUGGACAAAGACUUCUUUUCUAAGGUUUGUGUGAAAGCCCAUUCUCUUGGGACUCACAGAGUAGCUGGCUAUGUCCGCAAUGAGGGUCUGAAACAGAUUAGGUCUGGAGAUGCAGCCACAGCCUCUGUUGAUAGUAGUCAGCAGUCUUUGGUGGGCAAGCCAUGGAAGAAACACAACAACCAUAACAAAAAAGAGAAAUUAAGACGAGUUUUUGCAUAUCAUGACAAUAACUGACAACAAGGAAAUAUGAAAGUGCAGAUCAUGAAAUUUGGGAUGGGCAGUUGAAGAAUUGUGUGCAAAAGUGAAUGAUGGAGAGGGAGGGGGAAAAAUAACAAUUGCAGUUGAGUUAGAUCAA